AUGGCAUCCCGCCUCUUCCACCCCUCCCUCUUCCACCUCCGCAGCCCGCUCUUCGCCGCCAGCUUCGGCGUCUCCUCUGCCAUCUUCGGCGCAUCACUCCUCCAAGCCCACCGCUCACGCUACGCAUACCGCCUCGACUCGUCGCCUUCUUCCACCAGCGCGAAAGACUGGUCCUUCUCACAGUACCAGAGUGAGGCGCGGACACCGGUCGUGUCGCAGAACGGAGGCUUAAAUGCGAGGGCUGUGAGGCAGAUGAGUGCGGGGAGUAUAUUUGGUCUAGUAGCAGGACUCGGCCUCUCGAUCUUCUCGAAACCGCUCGUCGUGCUGGUCGGACUUCUGAUAGCAGGCGUGCAGACGGCGGAGAGCUACGGCGUUCACCUCGUGCCUUACAGACAACUACAGGGAUACGUCAAGAACGUGGAUCUGAGGAGCGCCGUGCAGGAUAACGUGGCCUUCAAGGUUUCGUUUGGGUUGAUGUUCGCGCUGAGCGCGUUUGCUGAGUUCUAG